GGGGAGGGGAAUCCUGGUCGAUGUCGGCGAUAAUAGAGAUAAUGGUUAAGAAACCACAUUAUAACUCUUAUAGUCCAGUACGAGUAGUUAUUGAGCACUUAGGGUAGCCCGACAAAGCAAUACAUAAUAAGGGUUGUCCAUCUGUAUCAAAAGCUGGACAGAAUUUAUCAUGGUUCAGCGUAUUCCCCGAGAAGCCAACCUACAGGCCUUCAUUAAUGCUGUGGAGAAGGAUGGCUGUGUUAUCGUCGAGGACUUUACCACCCUCGAGGCGCUGGCCGAUGCGCAGGAAGAAGUGCAGCCCUACCUAGAUGCUUCCAUUUCAGCUAGCGGAAGCACAGUUGGGGCGUUGAACGGAGGCACCGCAACAUGCACCCGCCUAAUUGGCAGAAGUAAGACGGCUCGUGAGAAGUUCUUCUCCGAUCCCUUGUACCAGGAACUCGCAGAGCACUUUAUCGGCAUCGAGUCAACGACUUGGUAUGGGGAUGAACCACAAGUUAAUAAGUCUCACCCUCUCCUCUCCAUUUCAAUUACAAUGGAUUCUCGGCCCGGGUGCAAAGCUCAACGUCUACACCGAGACGACAAAAAUCACCACGCGAGACACGCAAAGACCGAUAAGUACACCCAUGGCCGAGAUAUGUUAAUAGGGCUAUUUGUACCAGGCUGCGACACAUCCAAGGCAAACGGCGCAACAAGAAUUGUGCCUGGGUCGCACCUUUGGGGUGAUGAAAAGCCUGAUUUUGGCCCCAAUGGGGAUGCAGGUGUCAUCGACGCCGAAUUGAAAAGAACAGAUGCCUUUAUCAUGCUCGGGAGCCUCUACCAUGGCGCCGGGCACUAUUCGCUGCCGUCCGGGAACCGUACCGUGCAUAUAUUCUUCAUGUGUAGCGGCGUACAUCGUCAAGAGGAAAUUCCCUUCCUUAGCUACCCUAUAGAAGAAUUGAAGACUUACUCACAAUUGGUACGUGAUAGGUUAGGCUGGAAGCAAUCGGAACCAAAUCUUGGAUGGGUCGACUUGAUGUCUCCCGAGUACUUGUUAGCAUAAACUACUACAUGUAGCUAUAUCAGAUAGAGAGCGGUCGUGAGACCCGGUUCGAAAACUAAUAUGAUACAUCAUCAGUACGCU